AUGUCGUAUGGAACACACCGAGAUGUGGGCGACGUGCAGCGUCGUGAAGCACAAUACAAUGCGUCGGUGACGGCUGCAGCCAAAGGGUUUGGACUUGGACUGGCGGGUGCAGCACCUAGCGCAUACCUGCUCAACCGUAGCUGGCCGGCGUUUCGCGCACUCACACCUGCGAUCAAGCUGUUCUUCGUCUCGUCCAUCGCGAUCGGCACUGGCGUGAUCCGCGCCGACAAAGCGGGUAUCCAAUUCGACCAGGACCACUACACCGAUGCGGGCGCCGCGAUUCAGCGUCGUGCCCAGACGCGCGAGGAGAGACAGUGGGCCGAGCUGUCGACGGGCGACAAGGCGCUCACGUGGGCCAAGGAGAACAAGUUUUCCGUCGUCGCCGCCACCUGGGCCGCCAGCAUGGGCGGCAUCUUUGCAUACAUCCACACCCAGCCCAUGACUUUUGCCCAAAAGCUCGUCCAGGCACGCGUGUGGGCGCAGGGCAUCACGCUCGCGAGUCUCGUGGGUAUGGCCGCCAUCACCCAGAUUCCGAGUGCGGGCGAUAAGAUCAUCCGUCAGCACAAGGAGGCCAACGCACACUCGUGGAGAGAGUUUGUGCCCCAAGAACCUGCCCAAGACACUGUCAAGCAGUGA